GCCGACGACUCUCGGAUGAGUAGAGAGGUCGAAGAAGGCUCGAAUGCAGUCAGAUUCACGACAGUCAACGGCAACAGGGGUCCCGCGAGCCCUCCACAAAACACCUCCUUUCGACCCGAUCCAUCGGCCCUAUCCCAUCCCUAUCGACAACAACAACACGGUCUGCCUCGACAGCCACCCCUACCAGAAGGGAGACCAAAACCACUGUUUGUGGACUCGGACGAGACUAGAGGCAUUUAUCACGAUGACUCCUCUUUCCGCUCCCCUGAGCAUCAUUCCAACCGUAUGGGCAAGCGCAAGAGGUCUACUGAAGCCUUCAAACCCCUACCCGAGUUUAACUCUCCACCUACACGAGACGACGAAGCCUUCAAGCCGCCGACUGAACCAAGGUCGCCCUCACGAAGUCUACCGCCCCUUUUGCAAUUUCGAGACGGCGAACAACAGCAUGGANCCGUAAGGCGUCUGAUGCGAACAGACCAACCGUCAGGCUGGCGCCAACCACGACCGAGUCCAGGCCAGACGGAAUUGAAUCUAGAGGAUGCUCUGCGACGAGACUCACACAUGAUCCAAACCCGCAACGAUCGUAAUGAUGGUAGUGGCAGCCCUCAAAUGGAAACUGACAUGCAAAGUGACCAAGAAUCAGAAAUGCAGCCCGACUCCAUGAGUGGCAGGAAGGGACCUGCUGCGCGACGACGCUUCUCGCAGAGGACCAAGACAGGUUGCCAAACUGUACACGUGGAGGCUUUACCUGUGAAGGUUAUGGUCCCAAACAUGAGCUCAACGUCAAGCUUCCGUCCAAAGCAGUCCCGCUGCAAGCGAAGACCGUUGAGUCACACGCGUUCCCUAGCCAUCGACAAUCGGNCGCCUGGUGCUGCCGCCGAGAACUGGCUUGAAUCACAAAGGCGCUUGUCAUAUGAUAGCCGCGCACAACCUUUCGGGGACAGUCUGCGUUACGCACCUAGACCUGCCGCUCCGCCAGAACAUGAACCGCCCUUCCCAUCUGAUCGAUAUGCCCAACCUUCGCACCUAGAGAAAGCUCGCCCAAUACCUUCAUCCUCCCGAUUCGCCAUGUCGGCGCCCAGCAUCAUGAGUGAUGCCAACGGUGGCAGUCUCAGUCACAGCAGUGGAGGUGCAAGUACCAGCUUGGGCAGUGCCUUCGACACACCCAGAGCAAUGGUAUCAAAUCGCAUUGCCAUGAAGCCACCUCUGGGCCCCUACCAUGCUGCCAGCCCCAGCGAGAAAGAGAACAUGCUCAACGGCAGAGAUUAUCGUCAUUUUACAGACCCAGAGCUCUUGAACGACAGAGCAUGGUGCAAGCAAGCAAUCGAACGUUACAACAAAGCAUCGGAGGCCUCGUUUGAUAUCGACAUGGAUGGGCGCAUGAAAUUGUUUCGCCAGAUACUCCAGCCAGAUCGUCUAUUGCAGCUAGCGGACACGCGCAAUCAUCCUAUCGGCACCAUUGGCUCCAAGAUCUUGAUCGAAGCGCCAUUCAAAUGCGAGUAUGGCUACAAUGUUCAUAUCGCAGACAAUGUGGUAAUACAGGCUGGUUGUGUCAUGUAUGAUCCGUGUCCUAUCACCAUCGGAAGAGGGACGAUUGUUGGCCCAAAUGUAAGAUUCUACGGACUCGGACCCGACAUGAGACUUGAUGCCAGAGUGCGCAAUGGUGGCGAGGGCAAGUUAAGAGGAGGCAAGAUCAUGGUGGAAGAAGACUGUUUCAUCGGCGGCGACGUCGUAAUAUUGCCCAAUGUGAUCAUUGGGCGAGAGUGUGUGAUUGAGCCCGGAACCGUGGUCAGCACUAACAUUCAACCCGGCAAAGUUGUCGCCGGCAAUCCGAUGAGGAUAAUACGCGACAUUGUUCCGAUACCAAACCAGGACGAUGAGUAUGGCCGUGUGGAGCCAGCGAUGUUAGGAAACAUGUGGCCGGGAGAGCGAUCUUAUAGCCGCGAUGUGCGCAUGGGUAUGUGA